AUGGUUCUACCAAAGCAAGACGCGAACGGAAUGGGAAAGCUCGCAACCCCUGAAACGAGAGGAGCGAAAGACGUAUCUCUUAGAAGAAGUGUCACUCGCACACCCGGUGAUGAUAGAAGAGAGAAUAAGCAAUACGGUGGCGACGGUACCAUGGACUUGAGCCGAGUACACAUUACAGAAUUCAGUUCUCGCGACUGCUACAAACUCAUAAACGAGCUCUAA